AUGGCUGCCGCGAUGGACCAACAGCUUCCGAUCUCAACACCCUUACGUUCGCCUCGCAUCCCGAUCGCGCAGCUGUCCCCGACAGCCGAUAAUCUGCAGGGAAGCGCCAUUCAUGCCGUCGUCGCCCUCCUAUGGCCUUAUUCGUCUUCCACCAAGUCCCUCAGCCUUCUGUUAUCUGAGCCCGACUUCCGGCUGCGUCGCUCGAAUGGCCAGGUGAAGGUGAUCUUUCACGGGCCCGUCGCUGAAGAAGUUGCCAAGUCUAAAAUUGGCAUCGGGGAUGAUGUGUGCCUGGAUUUGGCCGGGUCGAGGCUCGCGAGUAACCAGGCUGCGGUCCAGACGCCUGGUAAGUGCGUGGCAUGGGAUGUGCAUUUCGACGAUCGCGUACUUCUGGAGGUCUCGCGAUCCUCCACCCCUCUAUCAACCAUCAGGGUUGAGCCUUCGUCGUCUCAAACAAAUGGUCUCGACCCUGCGACCACAGCUCCGACUACUCCUCCUAGGAACAACCUCAACAAGCGUGGGAUAACUGACGAUGCGGAGGACUCAGGGUCAUGGCAAACUCCAGUUUUCACGGGCAAGUCGCGCGCAUCCUUCGGUGGUCUAGUCGAUUCCGCAUACGAUCCCUUUACCGAAGAGGAUGGGUAUGUGCCGGGGAAAGGCAGAAAACGACCGAGAUACAGUAUGCAGCAUAGCGACUGGCGCUUGGUCGAUGAACCAGAAAGUCCUGGCGACAAGGAUUUCCCGGUUGAUUGGACGCACAUAUUUGAUGAGGAUUGGGGUGAGGGGUCGGAGCCGGAUGAAGACAAAGAAACUUCCACGGAGAAGCUUCCUGAGGCGCCAGGCGACGGUGCCGAUCAGAAAAGUCCGUCCGAUGUUGCUGAAGCGGCCGAGGGGGAUACGUCGACCCCAGAGGUCUCUACAGAGCCGAUUAAAAGCCCAAAGCCGGUCGAGGCUGAUGACCUGUUUGUUCACCCUGGUUCAAUUCAAAAACCAGUGUUACCUCGUCAGGCCUUCGGGCAGGGAUUUCUCGAUUUCUCAUCUCAUCUUCCAACUGACACGCCUCGUCUGCAUCCUAUCCCAUCUCCUGGACUACCCAUUCCGUCUCCACUCGUAACGGCCUCAUCCAAUCAACAAAGCUACUUCAUGCCAAUCACUGACAUGGUACAACCCAACGCCACGACCGUCAGUACAUCGUUAUCUCAGGAAAUCCAAGGCACCGAAGAGGAGGCAAGCAAACAUGUGGACGCCAUGGUAGAGACGGAAAGCUUAGCGACGUCAUCUUGUGAAGCGAAAGCAAGACCGCUAUCCACGCGCCAAGACAACAAAGCCAUAGCUUCAACCCCCUCCAUGACCGCCACAGCCGCCGAUGACCAAGUCGCCGAAGUUGCAAGCACCGCAAUUGACUACGUCCUGCAAGACCGGAUGCCUCACGUCAUUUCUACCGAGUCUAUAGUGGAAACCGCCGUAGACCUCAGCAAAGCUGGUCAUCCGGGGGAAGCAAAGGCGGACAAAGUCGAUGAGCACGGUCACGAUCUCAGCGAUGAUGAGGAUCGGCUUAGAGAGAAUAGUGAAACCCACGAAACGACAGAGCAUCAUGAGGCCGAAGCAUUUGAGGAUGACGCAGUGGAAGAGGACUAUCCUGAUGAUAAGCACGUGGAAGACAAUGAUAUAGUGGAGACCGAUGUGAGAAAAGACGGUAUGGAUAGGGACUAUGCCGAGGAUAGCAUGGAGAAUUAUGAUUCAGAUGAAGACGAACCGGUGGAAGACAAUGGGCAUAAACAACCUAUUGGACAGAGCUUCGUUUCUGAGGAAACUCGCGUGGGUGAUAAACCUGGGACACAGGAAUAUUCUCUGAACGAGCUUGCCGAAAGCCAUAGAAGCGUGGACGAGGAACGAACCAACGGUUACGAAAAUGAAGAAGGUGAUGAUGACGAGGAGGAAGAUGAAGUUGGUGAAAUAGAUGACUGGGAUGAAGACGAGGAAGACGAGGAGGAAGAAGGGCUGUAUGGCCGCUAUGAAGAGGACGACGAAUCGGAAUCGCAAUCAGACAUGGUAGAUGACGACUCGCCUACUCAGCAUCAACCUGCACCGAAAAACUCGCAGCCUGAAGUCAUCGUGCUCGACAGCGAUAGCGAAGAUGAAGCCCCUCCAAAUCCUCGUACGGACGAUGUUGCAUCUCGAACAGGGGAGAUCACUAGUGAACAGGAACCGGUGUCGUCACCGUCACUGGGAAGUCAGCGUUCGUCCAGUGAGGAUUCUGUUGAUUCAGAGAAUGAAAAGUGGCCCGAAGAUGAAGACCGUAUGGACAUUGAGAAUGCGGACGAUGAUCAACCCAAGCAAGAGAAGUCGAAAAUCCCUCCGCCAGAACGGAUGUCAGACGACCUUUCCAAGAACGAACCCUUGGGAGCUCAAGCCGUGGAAGAAGAUUACCCGGAAGAAGAGAUGUCAGGCGACGAGGAACUGCCUGAUGAUGCCACAAACUUGAAAGCGGCAUCCCAUGGCAGUCAAGAUGAUAAACAACUCGAAAGCGACUGGGCGGAGGACGAUGUGGAGGAUGAAGAAAUGAAGGACAGAGAUGAAUCGGACCAACAAUCAAAUGAAUCAGAGUCUGAAUCGGGGUCCCAAUCCGAAUCAGAAUCAGAUGAAGACGAUGUGGUCCUCCUCGACCAGACAGAUUAUGGAAGACGCAACGAACAAUGGGCGGAGAAUCAACAGUUGGACAAUGAGCCGACUCAAUCCGAACAAAAACUUGUCGAGCAAGCGCCAGAGCAAAUGGAAAAUACAGAGCGGAUGACCCUGUCUACUUCAGUUGCCGAUUACGAAUACUCGGAUGAUGGUGAUGCGACUUAUCACGAGAGUUACGAACAGCACGAUGUGAUAGCAUCACCCCAAGUUCCAGAACAAGAUUCGCUGCAUCAUGAUUUCCGUAGCACGCACACAACUGAGGAAACGCAUAAUGAUGACGGAUUUGCUUCCCAUGCUCACGAGCUGGCCAUUGAUCCUGAACUGUAUAAUUCCGGACCUGGCCGAGGAGAAGCAGUAGGUGACAUUUAUCAGACUGACAAGCAAUACAACCGAGUUUCUGAAACCCCAGAAGCAAUUACGGUGCCCAGGUCAGAGAUUGAUUAUAGCUUGAUGCUCGACGGUGCUGCAUCUCCGCGCAUUCCUGCCAGCAUCGUAUCAGAGAGGCAGGGUUCUGCUUCACAAUCCCAGCGAAUGGAGACUCCAGGCUCUACUCCGGUGGUUGAAAUAUACCGGCAGUCCCUGCCGGCUCCAGCGGCAGCUGAAUCGCUACCGACUCCUGAACCUACCCAAGAGAGAAACUCGCAGCUGAAUGGAAAGCCACCGUCAACCCAUGCCGAGUUUUCUACUCCUCAGCCGCUGGGUGAGGAUCUCGUGGAAGUAGACUCCGAAAUCGAGGCUAGCUCUGUGGAAGAAUCGCGAGAAGGAUCGCAUGACAUUGGGGAACCAUUGGAGAGCCAUACUCCCGAUGAAGAUCAGUCUCACCAGGCAGAUUUUGCCUUUGACCAUGAUGCCAGAAACGCCUUGGACGAUAUCAACUUCGCUGACGUUGACCGCCACUACCCGGGCUUGCGCAGCAAACUCUCUUACUUUGCACCCCUUGCGACACUCGUUGAUCAUUACAAUGCUUUGAUAGAUACCAUUUCUGCGGUUACGGAAGUACGCCCCGUUGUUCGAGCAUCUGCGGGCAAGAAGGACUACAUGUUAACCGUUCAGCUGACGGAUCCAUCUAUGGCGGGCACGACUCAAUUUGCCCAGAUCCUUCGACCCUUCAAGGCAGCUCUUCCGUCCGUAUCGGAAGGGGACGCCAUUCUUCUGCGCAACUUCAAGGUCAAGAGUUUCAACCGCUCCAUGAUGCUCGUGAGUACGAGCACUAGCGCCUGGGCCGUUUUCGACGGCCAGAACAAGACGCGGGUCGAAGGUCCACCAGUCGAAUACAGGAAAGAAGAGCAAACCUACGCGACGGACAUGCGGCAGUGGUACCAAGAAGACGGCAUGGCCAUGGUGGCGGACGCCCAGCUCCAGGCGUCAAUCGAGAAGGCCGGUCGAGAGGGGACACCGGCCAGCAGUGUGGCACUCAGCGACUCGGGCAGUAUUGACUCGACACAACGUGUUGGUGAACGCGGCGAAUCGUCUGUAUCGAACCUUAGCUCACGGCGGAAUAGGAAAUCUCAUCGCAGAAUCACGAUUCAUGAGUUAAGGGACGGAAGGCGGUACACCGAGGUUGGUUCGCCGUCUGGCAAGGAGAGUAUCCACGAGCUUCGGGAUGGGACUGUGUAUGCAAAUCUUUGA